AUGUGGUGGCUCGCCAACGCGCUCAACUUCCCGUUCUCAGUGGAGACGGUGUGUGUGUUCACGGCGCCAGUGUUCUCAGCACAUGCAGCGUGGGCCACCUUCCUCUUAGCCAAGGAGGUCCGGGGCACGGGGGCUGGCCUCACUGCUGCUGCUCUCAUUGCCAUGGUCCCGUCGUACAUCUCUCGCUCAGUGGCUGGCAGCUACGACAACGAGGGGGUUGCUAUCUUUGCGCUCGUCUUCACCUUCUACCUCUACAUCAAGACGCUGAACACAGGAUCACUCUUUUACGCCACGGCCAAUGCAGCGGCCUAUUUCUACAUGGUGAUGUCGUGGGGCGGCUACACCUUCAUCAUCAACCUCAUCCCCAUCCACGUGCUGCUCUGCAUCGUCACCGGCCGCUUUUCUUCUCGACUCUACAUCGCCUUUGCCCCUCUGAUCAUACUCGGCACGCUGCUCGCAGCACUGGUGCCGGUGGUGGGAUUCAAUGCUGUCAUGACGUCUGAGCACUUCGGGGGGUUCCUGGUGUUUGUGGUGCUGCACAUCGCUGCCCUCAGCUACUACAUCAAGGCGCUGCUGCCUGCUAAGGCCUUCCGCAUUGCUCUCACCCUCAUUGUAUCAGUCGGCACGGUGGCGGCAGUGGCGCUGCUCUCUGCUCUCGUUGCCAUGGUGCUCGCCAGCCCGACUCUUGGCUGGACAGGCCGCUCUCUCAGCCUUCUCGACCCCACCUACGCAUCAAAGUACAUCCCCAUCAUCGCCAGUGUGAGCGAGCACCAGCCGCCCAUGUGGACUUCCUAUUUCAUGGAUCUUCAGCUGCUCGCAUUCCUCGCUCCUGCUGGACUUAUUGCAUGCUUCCUGCCGCUCACAGACGCGAGCUCCUUUGUGGCCCUCUACCUGGUCGUUUCCGUGUACUUCUCCGGAGUCAUGGUCCGUCUGAUGCUGGUGCUGGCUCCAGCAGCGUGCAUCACAGCAGGCAUUGCAGUCAGCGCGCUCUUUGACGUCCUCACUCGCUCCGUUAAAGCCUCUAUCGCGGACCUCAUUGACCUGGCGUACGCUGCUGCCAAGCAGGACAAGGGCGAGAAGGAGGACACUGCUGCUGCUGCGGCUGAGGCCGCCAGCAAGACUGGCGAGGCAGCGAGCCAGGCCAAGGAGCGCAAGGCGGGAGCGGGGAAGAAGAAGAAGGGCAAGGAGGGCGAGGGGGAGGGGGGGGAGUCUGACGAGGAGCCUGCAGGGGGGGUUUCGGGAGCUGAAAAGAGGAAGGGGGUGAAGGGGAAGGGGAAGGGCAAGGGGGGAAAGGAGAAGGAGAAGGGGAAGGAGAAGUUCCCUCUGGUGGUGCCCGGCGAUGCUGCAGCUGUGGGCAUCAUUCUCAUGCUCGUGGGGCUGGCGUUUUACACGAUGCACUGUGUGUGGGCGGCAGCAGACGCGUACUCAGCACCAUCCAUCGUGCUCUCCUCUCCCACCAACGACGGAGGGCAGUACAUAUUUGAUGACUUCCGUGAGGCAUACGGGUGGCUGCGACACAACACAGACGUCAACGAUAAGGUGGCAUCGUGGUGGGACUAUGGUUACCAGACGACCGCAAUGGCCAACCGCACUGUGAUUGUGGAUAACAACACGUGGAACAACACUCACAUCGCCACUGUGGGCAUGGCGAUGUCUUCUAGGGAGAAGGACGCGUGGGCCAUCUACCGCUCCAUCGACGUGAAAUACGUGUUCGUGGUGUUCGGAGGCAUGGUGGGCUAUCCCAGUGACGACAUCAACAAGUUCCUCUGGAUGGUGCGCAUUGGAGGCGGUGUGUUUCCGCGCAUCAGGGAGCCCGACUACCUGAACAACGGAAACUACCGGGUGGAUGGUGAGGCCACCAGCACCAUGCUCAACUGCCUCAUGUACAAGCUCUCCUACUACAGGUUUGCAGAGGUGGACGGGAGGGGCUUUGACCGAGUGAGGCGCACGGAGAUAGGCAAGAAGAACAUCAAGCUCACACACUUUGAGGAGGUGUUCACUUCGCAGCACUGGAUGGUCCGCAUUUAUCGCCUCAAGGAGCCCAGAAACCGGCCUCGCGGGACUGGCAAGAGGCUCACACGUGUCUCGGCCAACAAGGCGAAGGCAAACGCCGUGAAGCGGAGCCAGAAGGAUGGGAGUUUCUCGCGGCUGUUUAAUCAGGCAUUUCGCCCAUUGACCACGGAGCUGCACGCGAAGCUGCAGGAGGUGGUGCCGCAGCAGCAGGAGCGCAUUCGGCAGAUCAAGUCGCACUACGGCAGCCUGUCCAUGGGCAAGGUCACCGUCAACAUGGCGAUCGGAGGAAUGCGAGGGGUGAAGGGGCUGGUGUGGGAGACGUCACAGCUCGACCCCGAGCAGGGCAUCAAGUUCCGCGGGUACAGCAUCCCCGAGUGCCAGCACCUGCUGCCCAAGGCCGUGAUAGAUGGCGAGCCCAUGCCCGAGGGGCUGCUCUGGCUGCUGCUGACGGGCGAGGUGCCCACCAGAGAGCAGGCGGCCACUGUCACGCAAGAGCUGCACGAGCGAGCCAAGAUGCCUGAGUACGUGCACACGGUGCUGAACGCGCUUCCUCGAGACAUGCACCCCAUGACGCAGCUGUCCAUCGGCGUGAUGGCGCUGCAGAAGGGCAGCCGCUUCGCCCGCGCCUACCACGAGGGCAUGCCCAAGAGCAAGUACUGGCACCUGGCUUACGAGGAUGCGCUUGACCUCAUUGCCACUCUGCCACAGGUGGCAGCACACAUCUACCGGCACACGUUCAAGGACGGCAAGAUCAUUCCGCCCAACGAGAAGCUGGACUACGCUGCCAACUUCGCCCACAUGCUGGGGUUUAACGACCCGCAGUUCCACGACCUCAUGCGCCUCUACCUCACCAUCCACGCGGAUCAUGAGGGAGGCAAUGUCAGCGCCCAUGCCACCCACCUGGUGGGCAGCGCCCUGUCAGACCCCUACCUCUCCUUUGCUGCUGGCCUCAAUGGUCUGGCGGGUCCUCUGCACGGCCUUGCUAACCAGGAAGUGCUGCGCUGGUUGGAAGAGGUAAAAGCUGACGUGGGGCCGGACGCAGGCAAGGACGAGUUGAGGGACUUUGUGUGGCGCACGCUGCAGAGCGGCAAGGUGGUGCCGGGCUAUGGCCACGCUGUGCUGCGAGUUACAGACCCCCGCUACAGCUGCCAGCGCCAGUUUGCGCUGAAGCAUCUUCCUCAUGAUCCGACCUUCAAGCUGGUGUCCAACCUGUACGAGGUCGUCCCCCAUAUUCUCCUCGAGACGGGCAAGGUGAAGAACCCCUGGCCCAACGUGGACGCGCACAGUGGCGUGCUGCUGCAGCACUACGGGCUCACCGAGGCCAGGUGGGUGGCUUCGCUUGUCCUCUAG